GCACAGUACUCCACCGGUCGCUCACCUGUAUGCGCGUGCGCAUCGAACGAACGAAACGCGGGAAACAUCUGACGCGUACAUACGGAUGAUUAAUUAUAUACACUGUAAAACUUAAAGUACAGAUUACACAGUGCCAAUACAUUUGCACAACAUUUCUUUAAAUAAUGAGAAUUGUUUGGUGUUAGUGUUGUGCAGCCGGUGAAUCGCAUGCCCGUUUGAUAGCAUGCUGCGUAGUGGACUAGCCCUUUAAGUGGGUGUAACCAUGGCGAGUUUCGAGGAUCUCGCUUUCGACUGGUCAUCUCUGUGCCAGGAGUGCACUGAAUGCUGGACCGAAUCAGGUAAGUUAUCUCGCAUGAUGUCCAUUCCAUACUGACUAUUAUCACGUUUUGUAGUGACGUAAUCUUACAAAAAUGUUAACCAUGUACAAAUUUUAAACAUGACGCUAAUGGAAGACGAACAAUCUUCGUCUAAUUCCUUUUUUUUAAACUACCCUCAAUUUUAUUACUAUAAUUAAUUCAUAUUCACUACUACACAAUAUUUAUUAUUCUUAUUAGGUGUAUUCAAUUUAAUGUCUGUUUGGGUUUUGAUUGUAUACAAUCGACAUUUAAAAUAUGUGUUAGUUAUCUCUAUUACAUAGUUUCUCUGAUACUUAAAAGUUUUAUUGCAUUCCAUGUUGCAAGUUAUGUUAUGUCGCGAUUUAGCAAUGUUUCUUUGAUAGAAAAAAAAUACAGAAAUUUCUGACGUACCAUUCUAAAGUUUAUUUUUAUCAAUGUUUUGUAACAAGCUUGAAACGUUAACACAACGCGUUAUAUUUUCUAUAUUUUUGGAGGUAGUUUACGUUCAUCGUGCUGUAAUAAUGCUCAUAGGAUGUUCUCAUUCUUCGAUAGCAAACAAUACUGCUGCAACGGGAGUUGUGUAAAUAUUUUUAAGAUAAACUCACUGUUAUAUAUGAUGGUACAACAUCAACACACUCGAUUACGAAUGAAUGAAUCAAUAUACUUCUUUCUGUACUGAAUACAUAUCGUGAAAAACCUAGAUGUAUGUUUGGAAUACGAUUUUUUACUCGUCAUAUAAUAACACUGGUCAACAUGAUUUUAUGCCAUUAAUUAAAUUAUAUAUUUUUGACAUCUCUUACGUCUAAGUAUCUACAAAAAAAUCGAAUAUAUAAACGAUUAACUUUAAACUUGAGAAAUUUUGACAGUAUGUCGAAAAUAAGUAUUGUGGUUGGCUAUAUUAACAAAAACAAGACGUGACAUUUUUGAGAACACAACAAACCCUCAUAUCUGUGCAUAUUUUCAGUUCGUUAACAGUUGACUCUGUUCAAUUUCCAGUACUUUUCAAUGGGUUCCAUUUGUGAAGAUUUUUUUUUAGUUUAUUUUCAUAAGUUGGCGUUCUAAAGAAGCGUAUUAUUUAAUAUGAGUCGAAAAUGCUUAAAUUCACCCGACCUCUUUUGUUUUUAUUUGUGGAGAGUAAACUUCAACUUCUACUCGAAAACGAACUACUACAUCGUUACUUUAUAACACUUACAACUUGUAUUUUGAUUUGAACAUUCCUGAUACUAUUAAUAAGAGUUGGGCACCUAGGUCUUAUUGUUUAAGGUGUGAUUAAAUGACCAAAAAGUUUUUCGGAAACAUGAAGUCUCCAAACUAUAAGAAGAUAGUUUCUAAGUUACUACAGGAUUAUAGAGUCUUAGGAUGUAAUACGUCUUUGAAGAUUCAUUUUCUUCAUUCCCACCUAAACUUUUUCCCAGCAAACUUGCAUGCGGUAAGAGACGAGUAUGGAGAAAGAUUCCAUCAGGACAUCAUGGCAAUGGAAAAAAGAUACCAAAGAGAAUGGUCGCCGAGAAUGCUUAAAGAUUUUUGUUUCACAUUAAAACGCGAUUAUUCGUCAUAUAGUUAUAAGAGACAAGCAAAGAGAACAAAAACAUCCUCAGAAUAAUACUUUAAAAACAAUUCAAAAUUAAAGUAAUUUUUUUAAAUAAACAUUUUUCGAAGAAUCUGGGUGUUUCUUUUUUUUUGAUUCACAUAUUUUAGAUGAUAUCAUAUUAAGGUAUGAAAAAAUAACACUUACGAUAAACGGC